AACAUGGCGACUUUAGAGGCAACAUCAUCGCAGCAGUUUGAGGACUUGCUAUCAAAGGCUGGAAAGUUCUUGACGGUGGUCCACUUCCAGGCAGCAUGGGCCCCUCAGUGCAGUCAGAUGAACGAUGUGAUGGGAGAGCUGGCAAAGGAGAACAAACACACCAUGUUUAUCAAGCUAGAGGCAGAAGCAGUGCCAGAGGUAUCAGAGAAAUAUGAGAUUACCUCAGUCCCUACCUUCCUCUUCUUUAAGGGUGGCCAGAAGAUUGACAGGCUGGACGGCGCUCAUGCCCCAGAGCUGACCAGUAAGGUCCAGAGGCUGUCGGUCAGCUCGGGGCUGGGCGGGCCAGGGGCGGAGCCCCCUAAAGAGGACCUUAAUGAGCGUCUGAAGAGACUGAUCAACGCAGCACCCUGCAUGCUCUUCAUGAAGGGAUCCCCCCAGGAACCCCGCUGUGGUUUCAGCCGCCAGAUAGUGGCGCUUUUCAAGGACCAUGCUAUCCAGUUCAGCAGUUUUGACAUCCUGUCAGACGAGGAAGUGAGAGGGGGGCUGAAGACCUUCUCCAACUGGCCCACCUACCCUCAGGUUUACGUUAACGGAGAACUCGUAGGGGGACUGGACAUUGUCAAGGAACUAGCUGAAUCUGGAGAGCUGGAGAAGACCUGUCCCAAGGCUGUCACACUGGAGCACAGGUUGAAGUCGACCAUCAACAGGAGUCCAGUCAUGCUGUUCAUGAAGGGCAAUAAAGAGCAAGCCAAGUGUGGAUUCAGUCUUCAGAUACUGGAGAUAAUGAACAGCUCAGGGGUGGAAUACAGCACCUUUGAUAUCCUGGAAGAUGAGGAGGUUAGACAGGGUCUGAAGACAUACUCAAACUGGCCAACGUACCCUCAGCUAUACGUCAAUGGAGAACUCAUUGGCGGGCUGGACAUUGUGAAGGAGCUUAAAGACAGUGGAGACCUUUCUUCUGUCCUGAGGGGUGAAUGCUAGAUUCCUGUAGUACUGUUACUGUGAUGGGAAUGAGCUAUGGACUACUGCACUCUUCCUUCCCCUCUCUCUACCCUCUUCUUCC